AUGACUUCCGUUAUUGUCCCUCAAAUGCUCUCGACCUCUCUUCCCCAGUCUCUAGAGCUUGAUUCCAAGGCCAUGAAGCCUUACCAUGAGCUUCAGUGCCUUGAGGAUGCAGUACAGGCUUUCACUCAGGUUCUUGUACAAUCGGGACGUUCUACAGUACGGCUACACUGUAGUAUCCCAACUUGGAGUGCUGAAUCGAAUCUAUGUCUCGACCUCCACGACUUGAAUCACUUGAGGUCCAAGUCCCUUAUGCUUAUUCACGACUUGGUCAAUUCUCUUCGGUCGUCGGGAAUUUUCGCGACCUACUAUCUUGCUCCUGCCCAUUCACCAAUGUGUCUCGUUUGUGCGUCGUCUCCAGGUUUUGACGCCUCGCGAAUCAAUACGCGUGCUGUUACCAUGCUACAAAAUGCAAAACUCGACAUCGGGGAGCAUGUGCUGCUCGCUGACUUAGAACGUUGCUCCAGUCUUAUCAUCUGCUAG